GUUGCGCAGCGCUGGAUCAAGUGCUCAGUUGGUGUGGACGCUUGGCUCUAUCCAUGAGCGUUCAGUGGCGGGUGAGUCGAAGGCUCGUCCGGUGUCGAUCCAUGAAUUUCGAGGCCGUGCUCGUGGCAGGACGACUUCUUUUGGUCGUGCCCCUUAAAUAGGAGCGCGCUGACAACGGAUUUCGCCUCAGCUGCAUCUACGAGGGUCUGAACAUGGCCUGACGUGACGAGGAAGUCGAUUGCAGACACGGGUGACAAAACAGACGCACCAACUGUCGCCGAAGGCAACGCCGCCACCUGAACGUUAAUAUAAAAAAAAGAAUGGAGGAAGACAUUCUUUCGCCACCACCUUCUUCGUCUGCCCCCGCACUCCCAAACCCUCCUGCCUUCUCAGCACCCAUGGCCACCCCCCUUAAUUUUGCCGGGCGCGCGCGCAUUGUGGCGCCAGAGAAGUCCUCCGGCUCCUUUGUGGGCCACCUUCACAAUGGAUGCGUCGUAGGCACUGGCCCCAGGCGCCUCGACGGCUUCACCGUCAUGCUGAGGUGCUGUCGGGCGAAGCUGAUAUUAUGGCUCUCGCGGCUGCUGUUCGUUGCUGCUCAUCUAUGGUCAGCUGAAGCUUGUCCCCAGCGCUGCAACUGCCUCGAACUACAGGUGCUGUGCCAAGAGGCCGGCUACCGGGAGCUGCCAGCGCCCGUUCCCCGCGCAGCCGUGGCGCUGCUGCUGACCAGCAACCAGCUCGAGCGGCUGGCCACCGACAGCUUCCGCGGCCUAGUGCGGCUGCGCAAGCUCAUCCUGGACAACAACCGCAUACAGGCGCUUGCGCCGUUCACUUUCCGCGGGCUCGCCGGACUCGACGAGCUCAGCCUGCAGAACAACCCGCUCACAGUGCUCUCGCAGCAGUCGCUGUCCGGCCUGAGCCGGGUACGAAUGCUGCAGCUGGGCUUCAACCGCAUCGCUCGCGUGGAGCCGGUCGCGUUCGCCGGGAGCAGCGACAUCGGCGGCAUCUCGCUCGAGGGCAACCCGCUCGCGCUGCUUCGCUCGCGCGCCUUCGCCAACCUCAGCCGGGUCGGCUCGCUCAGGCUGCCCCGGAGUCUCGCUGCCAUGGAGCCGGACGCCUUUGCGGGUCUGCGCAACGUGAGCCUGGUGUCCCUGGAGGCCCCGCGGCUGCAGCGGCUGCCUCAGUUCGCCUUCCGCGGUCUGGAGCACGCCGGCGAGCUGCUCAUCCGGGACGCCGAGAUCGGCCUCAUCGACUCCGGCGCCUUCGCCGGCCUCAGCCACGCACGCCGGGUCACGCUCGAAGGCUGCACCGUGGAGGCCGUGCGGGCGGCCGCGUUCGCCGGCAUGCGAGCCGUCGGCCAGCUCAGGCUAAGCGCAAACCGCCUCGGCAGCGUGCUGCCCGGUGCCCUGGACGCGCUCGACCAGGCGUCCGUGGGUCACGUGCUGCUCUCGGGCAACUGGCUUCCCUGCGACUGCCGCCUCCGCUGGGCUCCCGAGUCGCUGAGGCGGCGCGGCUUCUGCUCGUCGCCCGCGCACCUGCUCAACGCGUCGGCCGCCCAGGUGUCGCUGGACACGCUGCCGCGCUGCCUGCCCGAGCACUUCGUGCCGCACUCGAGGCCCGAAGCGCCUCCGCUGUCGGGCCGGCAGCAGACGAGCGGCGCCGCGACGCGACUCCGACCCGGUUCGCCAAGUAUUGCGCACCUGACCGCGCUGAUCCCGCUGCUGCUCGUCGCCGGCUCCCGGUUGCAGCGCCUCGUCGCCACAACGUCGUGCCUCCCGCAGUGCAAUCUCUGACAACCUGCGCCAUAAUUUGGCCGUGCGCGCAAGGUGCGCACUCCACCUACCGGCUUCCGUCGCGUCCCCCGUGGGCGCUUCAGCAGUGCUGGUCGCAGUUGUGCCCUUAUACGCAGAGCGAGUGGUCGCCGCAAGGAACUCCUCGCACAGAUACGGCUAUUUCUGAUGUGCAUGGCUGGCCCACAGAGACUUGUGCGCCAGCUUCGAUAUCUUAUUUUUGUUCAUGUUUCUAUAAGCGCUCAGCCAUGGUAUAUACACGUAGACCCGGCACGCCAGCAUCCCGUUUUACUACUUUGAUUUUCGUUUCCUUUAAUGACGCUUCAUUAUAAUAUUGAGUACGUUUACAACUUUUCUCAUAACGCUUCAAUAUAAUCUUGAGUGUGGAAAUUUCAAACUUGCGCCGGGGUUAUUAACGAUUCGGGUCCAGUUCUUUUCCUUAUAGCACUUCGUCAAAGCGGCACUCUCCCUCAUCAUCAGGUUCGGCUAGCGGUUUGCCAAUUUUUGCCAAUUUUUAAUAAAAAAUUGACAAUUUAAAUAAAGAAUUCGAAACGCACAGUCACUAGAUCUUAAGUUUUUGUUUUAAACGCGACAAACCUCGUCAAAUUUGGCGCCUUGGUUGCUGAGAAAAACGAAUUCU